AAUAGUUUGUGCCCAUCCCGCCGAGCGUGCAGAAGUGUUUCAGCAAUAGAAUCGCGUUUCCAACAUGAAACUGUUCCUUCUACUCCUUCUGGGAGCCCUGGGCUCUUCGUUGGCCUAUCCGCGCACCUAUAGUUACGAGUAUCCCCGCCGAAGGGCCUACUCCACGUCGUAUUCCGGGAAUUCGUAUAGCUCCUUGGGCAGUCGCAAGGCCAGGGACGAAAGUACCACCAACAAAUCGGACAAGGAGAAUGCCAAGUUUGCCGGUGCUUCCAAUCAGAAGUUGGAUGACAUCGGUGACGAACGCACACUGCUGCUGAAAAAGAAGCUCAAGAGGUUGGCCAGGCCCUAUCUUGGAGGAUAUGGCGGAUAUGGUGGAUACGGAGGAUAUGGUGGAUAUGGCGGAUAUGGAGGAUACGGCGGUGGUCCCUGCUCUCCGUUUGGUCGCGAUGCUAAAGGUGGUCAGAGUCAGAAGGAUCCCGAUGAACAGGGUCGCUUUCUCUUCGACGUAAAUGUGGUGAAAGUCUAUCCCGGCGGUUGUCGCGGCUACGGAGGAGGUGGAUUGGGCGGAGGUCUUCUGUCAGAUCCUCUGCCACCUGUACAGCCCAUUCCAGUGCCAGUGCGUCCGUACGCUCCAUUUGCCACCUGGCUGUCGCUCUUUGCUCCGGGAAUUCUGAAUUCCGCUGUGGUUCCUGGAGUUCCAGUUAGGGAUCCUCUGAGAGAUCCAGUUCGUCCUGCUGGCGAUGCGCAGAGCGAUCCUGAAGUGGAUCCCAACUAUGCGGCACCUCCGCCAGUGAGGCGACCUGUUCCCAAUCGUGUGUACUACGAUUCCGUGGGAGCGCCUCCAGUGACACCUGCUCAACUAGUUGGAGGUGUGGCCACUACAGUAAACGGAAUCAUUCAGCAAUUGACCGGACAGGUGCAGCCAGUUUACCAAACUGGAGGCUACCGGUCAAGGGAUCAGCGAAGCAGCUACGGAUAAGGAGUUACAAAUAGAUUUGUAUGCAGCGAUAUGUACAUUUUUAGUGUAAAUAGUUUUAAGUAAUAAUAGUAACGAUUUUAUGUACGACAUACGUUGACAAUUAUUUAACGAAGAUUUUUUACAAAUAAAAGCAAUAUUUGUAUAAGUUUAUUUAAGUGUUUAGGGUAGCGGUAAAGUACGCUGUUCCAUUAAAAUAAAUGCCAAGCAGCUUAUUGGAGUCGUAAAUUUAACCUCCCAGCAAGAUUAGCCCUAGGAAUUCCCAGAUAAUUGCGAGACAAUGGAUUAGUCAGGUUUGCGCAUAAAUCUCGGAUCUUUGGCCAUUAAAUUUAUGCACGUCGCGUCUGCUUCAUAAAAAUCAGUAAGAGAAUAACCACAAAGGCAGCGCCAAGGACAAUACUUCCAGCAGGAAAACCGGAUUUCGAGUGGCUUGA